CUCCGGCCUCCGCCCUCCCAAAUCCACCCACCCAGGAACACCAAGCCGCCCUUCCUCCUGCUCCUGGAGCUCCGCAGAUAAACACAUUAUCCCAAUUAUGGUUGCUGCUGGCUACAGCGGCAACCCACGUCAUUGUCAUGUUGAAGAAAGAGAUGAUAAAUGUAGCAGCCCAAAAUUACAGCCUGAUUUUUCUGCUGAUGAAAUAUUAACUUCUACUAGUGGUGAUUCUUCAUUGGCUCAUUUGAAGCUUCGUCAUCUAUGGUCAAGUGUACAAGAUUUUGUUGUUGAACACGUAUCAUCGAAGGAUCUUGAUUUGUAUGGGAGCAAGGAGCUUCUUGAAUCAAAUAGGUUCCAAUAUAUGGGCAACAAUGACUUAAGGGAUAUUGUAUUAUAUAGCUUACAUGCAUUCUUUAAGACUGCUGUUGAGAUGAUAUCCUAUGAAGGGCAUACUGAAGAUGCUGUUGUUGAAGCCAUUGUGGACUCUGCGCUCUGUUACCAGUUUGACGGACCUAUCACUAAGAUCGCAGAGAGCGCACGGACAUUGCUACAGGGUGGUAAAGUGGUUGGCUCUUUCUCAGGAAAGAAUCUUGACACAGAUUUGCACAUGCUGGGCUUUUAUAUUCUUAGUUGUGCAUCAAAUUUGCUUAGGAAGUAUUUUCCAUUCUUCACUUGGGGUGAUGCAUUAUGGUGCAUUCUGCUCUGUGACAUGGAUCUCUCUAUUGCUCAUGCAUUUCUAACUGGUAUGAAUGCUGUUGCAAGUGAAGAAUCGGAAGGGCUUGAGGUGAACGGUCAGAAUCUAAAUGAGUCAUCAGGAUUGCAUGGUUGUAGUGCUGCAGAAUAUCUGAGAGAAUACCCACUGUCUCGGUCUUUAGCAAUGCAAAGGAUGUGGUUCAGUACUUUGACAGAUUACAUUGUAUCAAUUAAAAAGUCUGCAGGUAAAGAUCAAGUUGCUUCUUCUGGUCAAGGGCAGGUUGAUUCUUUUGGUCAAAUGCAAAAGGCUUCGUCUUUGCCUAGGACUGCUGUUCAAAAUAAUAGAAAAUCAGCUAAAGGCACCAGUAGUAAGGGAAAUUCCAUUAAAUCUCUUCCAGACUCUAGAAAGGACAAGGACUUUUGGGAGAGCUUCCAACUAGCGAAGAGUUGUGGCAAAACUUCUUCAAGAAAAUUAAAAGAUAGUAGAAAUGUCUCUGCAUUUCUUGAAUCUGCUUGCAGCACUUUGACAGGCACAACAAAGGUAGCUAAUACAAUGGGCGUGAAGUCAACUACAUUAGUUUCAACUCUGCCUCUUUCUAGCCUUUCUUCAGUCAAAAGAAUAGAUUCACCAACAGUAGUUUCAACCCCACCGCUUCCUUUUCCUGUUAACCAUGCCUCCAGCUCAUCAUAUAAUCAGUCAGGAACCAAGCAUCAAACUGUACCUAAUGGUUUCGUACACUUCACUCUCCCGAAAACUCCUGCAGAUGGGUUCGACUUUUAUUUCUCACAUGAUGGUAUGCAGACCGCUUGGGUUCCAAAGGAUAGGACAGAAGAGCUGGCUCUUGAUCUGAUCCGACGUUUGGGUGAGCUAAAGCUGGAGUUCAAAGUUUGGACAGAUUGGGCUAGUGAUAGGGUGAUGCAGUCAACAAGUAGGUUGGCAACUGAAAAAGCUAUUCUAGCAUCUCUGAGAAAGGAAGUGGAAAAGGCUGAGGACUGUGGUGUCUUUAAUAGAAAGAAGCUUGAGGAGACAGAAAAAGCAAUAGAGAACACUUCUCAUGAGCUUGAUCGUGCUGAUUCUCGUGUACUGGAGCUUGCAAGUGAUAUUUCAUGUUGUAGGCUUCAGAAGGAAGCUGCAAAGUUACAGGAACAGCGGUCAGAUGCAAGUUGUGCUGACAUAUUAAGGAAGAAAAAUGAAUCCCUUGAGAAACUUAAGUCUGUGGGGAAAGAGAAGAUUCAUUUGCAGGAGGAGCUUGCUGCUGAAAGCAGUAAGGUAACUAAGCUAGAAAAAAAUCUUGAACGUGCUAAAGGAUAUAUGGAUAGUUUAAAGAAAAGGUGCCAGGAAGGAGAAAAGAUGGUUGAGGAAGCUAAGGAACAGGUUCACUUUGAAAAGAAUGAGCUUCGGCGGAUUGAGAUGUCAGCAAGAACAGAGUCCAACCUUCUAAUACUUAAUGCACAAAAUGAAGCGCGGGGGUUGCAGGCUAAUAUUAAACACCUUGAACAGCUGGUGCACGAAAGAUUGGAGUCUCUGCAUCAAUCCAUGAAAGAAGUGGGCAGUAGUAACAACUUUUGGAUCAUUCCUGAGAUUGCGAAUCAUCCAGCACUUGGGCUUGAAUCUGUGCGGCGGGAGCAAGAAUGUGUCAUGUGUAUGGAAGAGGAGAUUUCAGUAGUUUUUCUCCCAUGCCGGCAUCAGGUUGUCUGUGUGGGGUGUAAUCAGCUUCAUCAAGACCAGGGCAUGACAGACUGUCCAUCCUGCAGAUCUCCCAUCAAGAGAAGGAUCUGUGCUCGCUUUGCUGACAGCAGUUAGGAGGGGGUGGGUGGAUGUACAUCUGGGGAAGAAAAACUUAGGUAUACAGUUCAAACCUUUUCUUUUGGGUAAAUCAAAAUUGCAGUUAGGCUUAAAAACUGUUUCCUGCUGCUGCUAAAGAGCAGUUCACUGCCUUUUGUCAGCUCUUGAAAUCAGUUGAUUGCAUAGCAGUAGAAAACAAUGCAGUCAGUGAGAAAGGAUAGUCAUUUUGCAGGCUUACUUCCUAGGUGAUACUUAGGCAUGGUGGUGAUGCCUGGCGGCCUGUCCUCAUUUUUUGUAAGGAUGGCUAUCAUACUUGAUGAUGCAUACUGUUAGUAAAUUGCCACCAGCUGGUGGCAUUCGCUUAA